AUGUAUAGUUCGGAUGUGGACUCAUUUGAUAAGUCAGUAUUGUUGCCCUGGGAAGGAGUUGUUGGUCUUGAAAUCCAUGCGCAGAUCAAUUCUGCCUCCAAACUUUUUUCAAGUUCACAAGUUAAGUUUGCUGCUCCACCAAACUCUACAGUGUCAUUUUUUGAUGCUUCUUUGCCAGGAACGUUACCAGCACUCAACAAGAGAUGCAUUGAAGCAGCAGUGAUGACUGGGCUAGCGUUGAACUGCACUAUAAACAAGAAAUCUCUAUUUGAUCGAAAGCACUACUUCUACGCUGACCUGCCAGCUGGCUAUCAAAUUACUCAACAAAGGCUUCCAAUCGCAGUUAAUGGGCUGCUGACGUACCGCUAUCCAACUGUAAAAAAAUGGAAUGAUAUGGUCACCAAGUGUGUCAGGAUUAAACAGAUCCAGCUAGAGCAAGAUAGUGGCAAAAGUCUUCAUGAUGACUGUAGCAGACAGACACUCAUUGAUUUGAACAGAGCAGGAAUUGGACUUAUGGAAAUAGUAAUGGAACCUGACAUGACGUGUGGAGAGGAAGCCGCAGCUGCUGUCAGAGAACUUUCUCUCAUUCUGCAGUCUCUCGGAACAAGUCUUGCAAACAUGUCAGAGGGACAAUUGAGAGUCGAUGCAAAUAUUUCUGUUCAUCAUCCCGGAGAGCCAUAUGGAGUAAGGGCAGAAGUUAAGAACAUUAACAGCGCUCGUUUUCUGUCAAGAGCCAUCGAUUAUGAAAUUCAAAGGCAAACAGAAAUCCUUAAUAACGGAGGUGUAAUUCUGAAUGAAACAAGGGCCUUUGAUUACAAACUCGGGGCCACCAUACCUAUGAGGGACAAGGAAGGAAAGCAAGAUUACCGGUUUAUGCCAGAGCCAAACCUUCCCCCAUUGAUACUUUAUGAUAGCAAGACAUUACCAAAUAACGUGGAUUCUGCACAAGUUAUAAACAUAGACUUGAUUAAAGAAAUGUUGCCAGAACUUCCCAAUGUCACCAGGGAGCGACUUGUUGAAGAAUAUGGAAUAUUGCCCGAGCAUAGUCAUGUUCUGGUGAAUGAAGAUGGACUGAAAGAAUACUUUGAAUCUGUGGUCAGAAUGACCAGAGUUGACCCAAAGAAGAUAAUUGGAUGGGUAAUUAAGGAUUUGCUUGGCUACCUUCGGCAAGAAAAUCUCACUAUCAAACAAAGUGUUAUCACACCCACCUCAUUGGCUGAACUUGUGACACUGCUGGGGGACAGAGUCAUUUCUUCAUCAGCAGCCCAACAGGUGUUCCAGGAGCUCUGCAAGGGAGGAAAUAAGAGUCCAACACAGAUCAUCAAGGAGAAGAACCUAGGACUUCUUGAUAGGAGACAGCUAGAGGACAUCUGUCAAAAGAUUGUAGAUGAACACCACGUACAGGUUGCUGCCAUACGACAAGGAAACCUUAAGGUCAUGAAUAAACUCAUAGGCUUAGUUCAGAAGGCUUCAAAAGGCCGAACAGACCCAGCUCUUGUGAAGACCAUACUUGAAGAAAAAGUGCUAUCUUAAUUUAAGGAAAAGUAAAGUUGAAGGACUCAUUCACACCAGCCCAC